AUGGAGAAAGAGUCAUUUUACUUCAGCUAUAUGAUACUCUUCCUUAUGAUCGUUGCUUGGCACUCCCUUGCUUCAACCCGACCACGUUGCCAUGAAGACGAGAGAUCUGCACUGUUGGAGUUCAAGGCAACCUUCUUCACCAGAAAGCCUCCGUGCUGUGACAGCGACAGCGCCACUUCAAAUGAACAAGCAAAGAUUGAAUCCUGGAACGCAUCGACUGGGGAAACUAAGAGCGAUUGCUGCUCUUGGGCUGGUGUCGAGUGUGAUAAGGUAAGCGGUCAUGUGAUCGGCCUCAACCUCAGUUGCACUUGUCUCUCCGGUAAAAUCAACUCCAACGCCAGUAUUUUCCGUCUCCUUCGCCUAAGAAGCCUCAACCUCGCCUUCAAUGACUUCGAUUGUCAGAUUCCUCCGGCAAUUGGAAAUCUUGUUUCCUUGAGUCACUUGAACUUCUCCAGCUCCAACUUCAUGGGUCUCAUCCCACGUUCGCUAGGUAACUUGACCCGACUUGUCCAUCUUGACCUAUCAGAUAAUGGGCUGACGGGCACAACACGGCCCCUCGAAAACCUGACCCGACUUGUCCAUCUUGACCUAUCAGAUAAUUGGCUGACGGGCACAACACGGCCCCUGGAAAACCUGACCCUCUUUACUCACUUGAGUUAUGAUUCAUCAAAUGGUACGACUCUAUCUUUCUUGGGAAAUCUGGUCCAGCUUAAAUAUCUAAGUCUAAGGGAUAAUAUGUUAAUUGGGCAAAUUCCAUCCUCUCUCGGGGACCUCGUCCAGCUUACUCAUUUAGAUUUAAGCUUUAAUCUGUGGACCGGCGAAAUCCCGUCUUCCAUUGGAAACCUAGCUCAACUUACUUACUUAGAUCUUACACACAAUCAAUUAGCGGGAGAGAUUCAACCCUCUUUCCAAAACCUCCUGGAGCUCCAGUUCUUAGCACUUUACUCGAAUCAAUUGAGUGGUGAAAUUCCAUCCUGGUUGGGGAGGCUCACCCAGUUGGAGUUCAUUUUUCUUUCGUCUAACCAAUUUCAUGGUGCAAUUCCAAGCACGAUUUUCCAACCACCCGACCUCAUCGUUCUUUAUUUGGAUAAAAAUAAUUUGAGUGGCACGCUGAAGUCAGACGUGUUUUCAGAGGCUAAAAAACUUAAUGAGCUUGUGUUAUCCUUUAACAAACUGUCGGUGAUCUUAGAGACCAACAUAACUCACCGGUACAAAUCUCUGGGUUUAGGUUCAUGCAACUUAAACGAUUUCCCCGAGUUUCUACAAGAUCAAGAUGACUUGAUAAUGCUAGAUCUAUCCAACAAUAACAUUUCUGGUAAAGUUCCUGAAUGGUUUCUUGAUGUGAGCACAGAAAACCUACAAUAUUUGAACCUUUCGGCCAACUUCCUAACAAGUUUUGCUCAAGAUCCUGUUAUUUUCAAGUGGAAAGAACUUGCUGUGGCAGAUCUCAGGUUCAACGAGUUGCAAGGAUCAGUUCCGAUUCCCCCUCCUAAAAUCGAGCACUACUUCAUGUCAAAUAACAGGCUCUCCGGAGGAGUAUCGCCACUCAUAUGCAAUCUAAGCUCUACUCGGAUGAUUGAUUUGUCUGAUAAUAAUCUGACUGGGUUUAUUCCACCAUGUUUGAGUAAUUUGAGUGGUACUUUGGAAGUAAUGAGUUUACGGAGCAACAAUUUUAUCGGGAAAAUUCCUAAUUUGAAUGCGAACUCCUGUGCGCUUAUUAUGGUUGAUCUGAGUUAUAAUAAAUUCAGCGGGCCAUUGCCAAGUUCGCUCCGCGAUUGCGACAAUUUGAAAUUUCUCAAUUUCGGAAACAAUCAGAUCAGGGAUGUUUUCCCGUCAUGGUUGGGCUCACUUCUUGGCUUGAAGGUACUUAUAUUGCGGUAUAAUGGAUUCCAUGGACUUAUUGGGGAACGGGCUGAUGGGAUUGAGUUCCCUAUGCUGCAAAUCCUCGACCUAUCCCACAAUAUUUUCUCCGGUGGCUUGCCAUCCAAGUACUUCAAGCAUUGGACUGCCAUGAAAGUUUCUGAGACGGAUUUGUCAAGCUACAUUGGGGAUGCUAUUAAGCCGACCUGGAUUUUCUAUCCAGAUGCAACCUUUCACUACUCUAUGAGCGUAAUUGCCAAAGGCAUCCAAAUGAAUUACUCAAAGAUCCAAGAGCACCUCGCAUUGAUUGAUCUCUCGAGCAACAACUUCAGCGGAGCGAUCCCCGAGACCAUCCGAAGCCUAAAGCAACUAAAAUUGCUCAACUUUUCCAACAACAUGCUCUCCGGUGCUCUGCCACCAUUCUUGGCAAACCUUACGAAUUUGGAAUCACUGGACCUUUCUCGGAACCAGAUCUCCGGAGAGAUCCCUCAGGAGUUGACGCAAGUCACUUCGCUUGCGGUCUUCGAUGUAUCUUACAACCAUCUGACCGGACCGAUACCUCAGUCACGGCAAUUCGCUACAUUCGAAAACAACUCCUACAAGGGAAACCCGGGGCUAUGUGGCCCUCCGCUGUCCAGAAAAUGCGGAGAUCCCGAAGGCCCGUCGCCGUCAUCUCCGACGUCCGAAGAAGAUGAAGAUCCGGGGAGUGCAAUGGAAUUGGACUGGAAGACCGUGUCCAUGGGGUACGCAAGUGGGUUAGUGAUUGGAGUGGUCCUCGGGAACUGCUUGAUCACAAGAAGAAGGGCUCAAAGACUUGUGAAGAACUUUGGCAAAAGAAAACAAAGGCGAAGAAGGUAG